AUGCCGACAGUGGAGUCAUUCAGGUAUCCGGAACCGUAUCCUUCCAACGCUGAUUGUUUGUGGACUGUCCACGUUUCUGAGGGCUACCAGGUUGCCGUGGAGAUAGUCUAUUUCCAUUUGGAACAACACAAAGAUUGCAUUUAUGAUCGAGUCAUCUUUUGGGAAGGCAUUGAAAGCGGUUCACCUUUGGCUACAUUAUGUGGAUCUAUAACGAAAAGGCAGAUAGUGACGAAAGUUAGCAAUGAGAUGAUCAUAAGGUUGUACUCCGAUAACUCAGUACAAAAGUCAGGAUUUGAAAUUACUUUCGUACGCGAGUUAGACGAAUGUGCCAUGGGGACUCAUCAAUGCGAACAACGAUGUGUAAAUACAGUCGGUAGCUUUAGAUGUGACUGUCACGUAGGCUACAGCUUGCGACCGGAUGGGAAAACUUGUGAAAGUACAUGCGGAGGCUUCAUCCGUGCUUAUUCGGGUUCAUUCGCGUCGCCCAACUUCCCACUACAAUACCCUCCGUCAAAGAAUUGCGUGUGGGAGAUUGAGGCAGAUGAAGGAUAUCAGAUUUUCCUUAACUUUACAACUUUUAGUGUAGAGGGUAUGAAGACAGAAUGUGCGUAUGACUACGUGAAGAUAGGCGAGAGCGAGAAACUUUGUGGAGAUUAU